AUGUCAAUCGACCAUAGUAACCCAUUGGCGGUUUCUCUUCCGUACAAUUUCACAUCUCCCCAUGAGUAUCCGACGGAGGUCUUGGCUAAUCGAUUCCAAGCGUGGAGGUCGAUUAUCAAAGACCUUCUGAACUACUUGAAAGAAUAUGCCAGUGUGCAAGAGGAAAUAAUCAGACAGCAAGUCAGACUUCAGCAGGCAGUGGGCACUGCCACAACAUCGGCAACCGUUUCCAGUCAUGCUUCAACCACAUCUGCCAACAACGGCGGCGUUAAAGAUGACAUUGUAGCAAUCAACAAGUAUUUCCUUCCAAUCGGAAAUGGUUCGAUUCAAGAUUUGCCAACCAUUUUAACCAAGUUCCAUCAACAGAAUGUUACCAAUGGCUCGAAAACAUUGAAGGAAAUUAACAGUUUGAUCAUUCCUAAGUUAGAAGAAUUGAGAAAGGAUCUUUUGAUCAAAAUUAAAGAAAUCAAGAACUUGCAGAGCGACUUUAAGACUGACUUGGGCAGGGAAAUCCAAGAAACUAAGAAAUUGCUUAGUCAGUAUCAGCAGGCAAUUGACUUCAGUAAUAAAUUGGAAGCCAGCACAUCUGCGUCGUCGCAUCACUUGCACAAUACAGUAGCAGGUGUUGACGGCACCAUGAGUGCAGAAAGCUCAAAAUUCGAUCCAUUUUUGGUCAAAUUGAAACUUGACAGACAAUUGAAGAAGCAGUUACUGAUAGAAAACUAUCUUUACGAUGCAUAUGCCAACUUACAGAACUCAGGUGGUAAGUUAGAAUCCAUUGUGGUGUUGGAAGUGCAAAACUACCUUGGAAUGUUUUUAAAUCUUGUUGAAAGUGAACAUCUGACUAUCCCUAACUAUUUAAUCCCACAUAUUAAUAAUGGUUUCUUAACAAAGGAUGCAGGCUUCGAAUGGGACUCUUUCAUAUCAAGACACUUGCCAAUUACGAGUGCCUUGCUGCAACUGAGUGUGGGUAACGUUGGUUCAUCAUCUUCGCCCAAAUCCGGAACAUUCAUUGAUUUAACAUUCCCCGCAAGGAAAUUAUCAGAUUUUCAAAUCCCUAAUUUCGAUACAGCCUUAAAUGUUAGUAUCAGAGAGGGCUACUUGGAGAGAAGAUCUAAAUUCCUUAAAUCGUAUUCAAGUGGGUGGUACGUCUUAACUUGUAACUUUAUUCAUGAAUUUAAAUCUCCAGACCGUAAAAAGGACCCUCAACCGGUUAUGUCUUUACUGUUGGAUGCUUGUCUGGUUAGUGAGCAUUCCAAGGAUGAUGGUAAGAUUAGUGGAGGUGUAUACAAGUUCGUAUUGUAUUCUAAAGGCCUGAAUAUAAGACACAGAUCUCACAACUGGGUUUUCAGAACCGACACCUAUAAAAACAUGAUCGAUUGGUACACUGAUAUUAAAAAUUUGACUACCUUGGCCACUCCUGCUGCUAGGGCCAGGUUUAUAGCUAAAAGAGACGGUAGCUCAAAAAAGACUGCUGCAAAGCCCUCAAGACCUAGUAGUAUCUUUUCAACUGGUACCAAUGCUAGAACUAUCAAGUCUGGCGAGAGUAUAGAGACAGGCAAGAUUGCGCCUUCCAUAAAGUCGUCAACCAAUCCAAGAUUGUCAUCUACAUUUUCUCAUAGGAAUAAUAACAACUCUCCCAGGUUACCCAAGAUGAUCAACAGUGAUGGAACAAUCAUAACACCGGUUGAAAGCAGAGGUAUUGAAGAUAAAAAUGUGAACCCUGAUGUGUCUCAAAUUACCACUGCAGAGCAACAGCAGACUGCGGAGCAACAGCAGAACCAAGGGCAACAGUCGCAGCUCCAACAUCAACAGCAGCAGCAACAGCAGCCAUUGCAACCACAGCAACAGUAUUUACCAAUUCCAGUUUCCGGUAAUCCAAAUGGAUUCGUACCAGCUGGUGGAUACCAAGGAUAUUACAUCCCUGGCCAGCCUCAAGCCGGUGCACCACCGGGGCAACCUCAACAAUUUUAUGAUCCUGUAAAGCAGCAAUAUUACACGAUUUCGCCAACAAUGCAACCACAACCGCAAUAUUUCCCGGCUACACCCCAGCAGCCAAAUCAACAGUACUUUACCCCUACCGGUCAACCACAGGCCAAUCCACCACAACAAUCUCAACAGCCAACUCAACAACAGGGUAAUCAACAAGGAGGUCAGCUAUUCCCGGUAAGUACAGCCCAUUACUUCCCACAAUCACCUCAAAUCCAGCCCCAGUAUAAUGAUGUUGCCUCUCUUGGGAGUUAUCUUCCAUACCCUCCCAACAACAUGCCACCCCCAACAGUCCAGUUGAUGCAUGAAGACUACCAUACUAAUAACACCACUUCAGCACCAAACCAAUCAAUCGCAUCCACAGUUGAGAAAGGGGAGAACAAUGGAAAUAAGGAGGCUAACACCGAUAACUCAACUACGGUUACGCAGAACCUAUCAAAUGUAAUCUCUCAAGAAGGAGACAUUAUUCUUGACCGUCAAGAUUUGCAAGAUGAAGUUGAUACAUUACCCAGUGUUGGAAGCGAUAAUGAAGAGAAGUAG